ACAGCCACGCUGAUCGUGCACAUGUUGAUGCAGGAAGAGAGCUGAGAUCGGGCUGCUGUGUAACUGGAGCUUCUCUACCUGGGGAAUAAAGGGGUCACCAGCAGCUAUGGGGGGACAGGCUAAGAGGAAGAGCAACAAGAGGAGGCAGAGAGGAAGGACUGCAGUUGACGUCACUGGUUUGUCUGCGCAAGACCGGAUGAAAAUUAGGAUGCAGAACAAAGCCAAGAAGAAAACUGCCGAAAAAUACUCCGUUCAUCAACUAUUAGAAAAGACUGCAGAGUAUUUGGACAAUUUAAAUUUUGAGAUGGCCCAGAUCUUCUGCCAGAGAGCCCUGGAUCUGGAGCCAGAAAACCUUGAGAUCCUGGAUAUGAUGGGAAAUAUCUGUAUGGAGCUGGGAAAUGCAGUGAAGGCAAAGCAAGUCCUUUUAAAGGCUGUAGAACUUAGUCCUGACAAGGGACACGCCAAAUACAUGUGCCUUGGGCAGAUCCACUGCAAGGAGGAAGCCUUACAGUACUUUCAGAAGGGAAUAGAAGUUAUGAUCCGCGCUUACCAAAGUCAACCCCAAGUGUCAGGGGCGGCUAACUUUUCUGAUGAAAUGGAGGUGACUACAAAGGACAUCUCAACAGCUUUCUGCUCCGUCGCUGAGAUUCAUCUCACUGAUCUUUGCAUGGAAGAAGGAGCUGGUGACAAAUGUAAAGAAGCCCUAACGAAAGCCUUAGAGUAUCAGCCACACAGCCCGGAAGCUCUGCAGCUGAUGGCGAGCUAUCUCUUCAGCAUGGAGCAGCCGCAGGAGGGCAAGGAAUAUCUAAUGAAGAGCCUGGCAUCAUGGCUUCCAAGUUUGCAGAAAAGUGAGGCGCCAGUCCAGGAGCCCGAUGAGGAUGACUUGGUGGAGUCCAAAUUGCCUGCAUAUGAAUGUCGGAUCUCGACGGCCAAGUUACUCAUAGAAGCUGAAAACUUUGAGUUGGCUACAGAGGUUUUAGAAGGGCUGUUGGAAGAAGAUGAUGAAGUGAUUCAAGUAUGGUAUCUUUUGGGAUGGGUCUGUUAUCUGCAAGCCAAGGAGUCUGACGAGGAGGAGGAAGACGCUUUCAAGGACUCUGCCAGGACGUAUCUAAGAAAAGCCAAAAAGCUUUACAGCAAGCUGCGGUGUGACGACUCUGCGCUGCUGGAGCACGUCCAGCAGAUCCUGGGCGAGCUCGGGGAAGACGAGGCGCCGGGAAACUCGGAUGGCGAAGAUGCUCCCCUGGAGAAUAUCGAAGAUAAUUUUGUGCAAAGUAGCGAGGAGGAAGUCAUGGAGGCCUGAAAGCAAUAUUAUAUUUUUACAUUAGAAAAACAAAAUAGCAAUGAUAUUCACAAUAAAAAAAUCAUUAUUCUAAUAAGGGGGGGGGGGUAUUGGCUGUUUUUUGGGAGUUUUUUUCAACUGAAAUGGAUGGCAAAGUGUUAUCAUCUCAUGAUCAAUAUUCAACACCUCUCAUCUACAAGACUGGCAAGUGGCUUUGCUAAUUUCUACAAAACUGCAGAGAUUCAAGGUGGUCACCCAAUACACUGUAGCAGACUCUCUGCUGCGGGUAGUCAUAGGCUCUGUUCACCCUGCACAAAGGCUUCCGUUUUUACAGGCUUCAUCAUCAGUCAUUGCCUCCACCCCCCACCGUCGACUUUAUAAUAGGUCUAUCAAUUAUCUAUAUUUUUUAACUGGAUUAAGAUUCCACAUUAUAUUUUGACCAUUAAAGAGCAGCAGAAACCUGACGAAAAAAGAACAGAUGUGAACAGAGCCUUUGAUCUGUAGCAGGUUUUAGUCGCUAGGUGUAGACAAGAAUGUUUGUUUCAUUCAUUGCCAGCAAGAAGACAUCUUGGUAAUGGCAAGGAAUUAAAAUGCAAGGUUUAUUAGGAUGCAGCAUCAUUUUUCAUUCUACACAGAUUGAAGUUAAGGGGCACCUGUCAGCAGGGACUACCCUAUAAAACCAGGCAUGCCGUCUGGUAUGGUUGAUCCUGCUGAUUAAAAUGAUACCUUUCUUGUAAAAAUUGGUUGCGGCGUUUCCAAGAAAAAGGCCUUUUUUUCUUUAUGUAAAUAUUGGCUUCAGUGUGCCAAGGGGCGGGGCUUAACCCUUCAGCGCACCUCAGCUCCUUAGCCUUCCUGUGCUGGAAGUGCAAAUUUACAUUAAAGCCCGUUUUCUUGGGAACGCAGCAACCAAUUUUAACAUGACAGGUAUCAUUUUACCCAGCAGGAUUAACCCUAGCAGACAGUAUGCCUGGCUUCAUAGUGUUGAUCCUGACAGGAGUUCUUUAAAAGGGUCAUUUCAUUACAACAACUUAUUCCCUAUCCACAGGAUAGGCGGUCAGACCUCAGCCAAUCAGACUUAUUCCCUAUCAUGUUAUUUAUAUGGGACAACCCAUGUCAGUAUCUUAGGUUCAACAUUUUCUGAUGACUAUUUUUUUUUAUAUCUGCAUACUGUGGAUGUACAGUUAAAAACAGCCUGCAGCCAGUACUAGAGGUAGCAUGUUGGCUUCCUGUUGGCAUAACUGUGUAUUGGUAUGCAGUAAGCUCUUAAGCUCCCUCUAGUGGUGGCUGCGGGUAGCCAGCAUGUUAUCAUUUUAAUCUUUGUAAUAUAGGAAAUUUGGAUCCUGGUAUUUGAAAAUCAGUGUUGAAUCUAUUAAUGAAGUGAUGAUAAAAGAUGGAGGUUCAUGCCAAACUGGUAAACCCCUUUAAGCAUUCCCGUUGAGCGCUAGGACACCAAAAUUAUCUGGAGCAACCUUAGCUUUGAAGUGAUUGUCUUCAUUGCAUGUUAGGGACGGGUCUACAUAUAUUUUCAAGACUUCUUCUGAAAGGAACCCUCAAGGCAAAACUGAGCAUUGAGGAAGGGGAAAUCAUUAGUACUUUUGUAGAAUGCAUCAUGUUAUGACAUUGUAAAAUUGGCACACAUUUAGGCAUUGUAUUUUUUCUAAUGGUCUUAGCCACAUCCUGUUUUUCUACAAAUAUUCAGAAUUUUUGAAGAAAUUAUAUGUAUCUAAAACACAUCAUAAAUUUGGGACAAAC